AUGAAUCUCUCUGACAUGCCACAAGUGACGCCCAGACAACUGAGAAUUUUUAUGCUCAUGGAGUCACCAAACCAUGCUAAAUCUGUCCUUUACAGGAUACCUCACCAAAGCGGAGCCGCCAUCAGGGACUAUAUCGGUGGUGCAGUGCGAUUCACAGAAAAAGAAGGUGCAUUUCAGAUACCUCGCAAUUUACGCAAUUUUUUCAAUGCCACUAUGACGUAUAGACGAGACUCACGCUACUUUCAUCCUUACGGACAAUUCGUGCCGUUAGCUCCUGAUGACAGAACACAGCCUCGUCUGUUUGUAACACAACAACAAAUUGUCGGCUCUCUGAAGAGAAAGACGAGAGGGUCACUUAUUUUUGUAUCAAACUGCAGGACACCCUCGGAACGAGAAAGGCUUAUCAAGGAACUAGGUCAAUAUACUGAAGUAACGGUCAGAGGAAAGUGUGAGGAGGAGUUCAGCGUCGGCAACGACACGCGAACAUUCUCCUGCAAAGAAAAUUGUGAUGAUGACGCCCUCAUAGGUUAG